UACCAGUAGGAAUGAUGCGAAAACGAGGCCUGGGUGAACUGAAAUGACUGACAAUAAGACGAAUGAACCCUGAUUAGGGGUUAAUCAUAUGUUUAUUUCAUUUAAGAUCUUGAAUUUCUUUACUUCUGAAAACAUGUGAUAGGAUUGUAUUUGUUGCCUAUCCUAGCACCUAGGAGCUUUUAGGCUACGUCGACCUACAAUUCUUUUACAAAAAUAAAGUGGUAGAUCUGACUAAUCAAAUGUCAAAAGAUUGAAUAAAUUUACUUAUUUAGAAAAUCUGUGAGUCUAGAUUCAAGAUUGCGUUGUUGUUUUUUUACCUGUGCUUAUUCAUGGCUUACGACGCUAUAGUCUUAUAGUGUGUAUUUUAGUGAAAUAGACCAGCCAAAAAGUGAUGUGUAAAUCUAUAUAAUUACAUUAAAAUCUAGAUUUUAUAAAAGUUAAGACAAUGACUAGAUCUAGAAUAAUCUAGAUUCUCUAGUUCCAGUUAAUUGUGAAAGACGAGUUAUCAAAUUAAAAUGAUCUACGUCUCUAGUCUAUCAACUUAUUUCUAAUCUAGAUCUAGAUCUAAUCAUUUUAUUUUCAACCAUUUGCUUUUGUUCACUGACUUUUAACUUUUGGAUUAGAAUUUUCAUUCUUAUAACUAAAUUGACUCAACGUUGUAUUGAUCUUCAAGUUCAAGUGGAGUCUACCUACUCUCAGGACUUAAGGUAGAUCAGAUUCUAGUUUAAAUAUUCAUCACUACAACAAAGAAAUCUAACAAAAACAAAGAAAAUGGCCGACGUUGACCCAGAGACUCUAUUGGAGUGGCUCCAAAUGGGCCAAGGAGAUGAAAGGGAUAUGCAGUUAAUUGCAUUGGAGCAGUUAUGCAUGCUUUUACUUAUGUCUGAUAAUGUGGAUCGUUGUUUUGAAAGUUGCCCACCAAGAACAUUUCUGCCAGCUCUGUGUCGUAUAUUUCUCGAUGAGUGCGCCCCUGAUAACGUGUUGGAGGUGACGGCUCGAGCCAUCACUUACUACCUGGAUGUUUCAGCAGAGUGCACCAGAAGAAUUGUUGCAGUGGAGGGUGCUAUAAAGGCACUGUGCAAUCGACUUGUUGUUGCUGAGAUGUCCUCCAGGACAAGUAAAGACCUAGCGGAGCAAUGCAUUAAAGUUUUAGAACUGAUAUGUACACGUGAAUCAGGUGCUGUGUUUGAAGCUGGAGGUCUGAACUGCGUGUUGACAUUUAUCAGAGAACAUGGCUCUCAGGUUCACAAAGAUACACUUCAUUCAUCAAUGACUGUUGUGUCCAGAUUGUGUGGGAAAAUGGAACCUCAGGAUGCAGCACUGGAAACUUGCAUAGAGUCUUUGUCCACUCUGCUGGAUCAUGAUGAUUCUUUUGUUGCAGAUGGAGCUUUACGUUGCUUUGCUUCACUAGCAGAUCGCUACACAAGAAGAUCAUUGGAUCCUGCUCCAUUGGCUCGCCAUGGACUUAUUCAAGACUUGUUAUCAAGGCUCCAGCGUGUGGCCGAGACCUCUCACAAUCAGUCCACCACCGCCACCCCCGGUAAAAGCACGAUCAUCGGAGACAGCAAGACCAGUCCCAGUGUUUCAACUGUGAUAAGCUUAUUGUCGACUCUGUGCCGGGGCUCUCCUGGAAUCACCCACACUUUGCUGCGCUCGAAUCUCCCUGAAGCGAUUGAGAGUGGCCUGAGAGGAGAUGAGAGAUGCUGUCUUGACACAAUGAGAUUUGUCGACCUUCUCCUGGUCCUGUUGUUUGAAGGUCGUCAAGCACUGCCGAAGACAGGAAUGGCUGCCAUUACCAGCCGUCUGCCAGGACUGCGUCGUACUGACAGUUCUAGCGACAGGUCCCACAGACAACUAAUAGAUUGUAUUCGCAGUAAAGACACUGAUGCUCUCAUUGAUGCUGUUGAUAAUGGUUUUGAAGUCAAUUUUAUGGAUGAUGUUGGACAAACUUUAUUGAACUGGGCAUCUGCUUUUGGCACACAAGAAAUGGUGGAGUUUUUGUGUGAAAGAGGAGCAGACGUGAACAGGGGACUGAGAUCCUCUUCUCUUCACUACGCUGCAUGUUUUGGAAGACCUCAGAUUGUCAAAACUUUGUUACGCUAUGGUGCUAACCCUGACUUGAGAGACGAAGAUGCCAAGACUCCUUUGGACAAGGCAAGGGAGAGGGGAGAUGAAGGUCACAGAGAAGUUAUCGCCAUCCUUCAGUCUCCUGGUGAGUACAUGGUACCAGUGACACGUGACACAUCUAUGGCAGUGUCAGUACCUGGGCCCUCCACUGCAUCUGUCCCGGUGUCUGCCCCUGCUCCGAUGGAGACAACAGAGAAAGAAAGAAAAGAAGAGAGCCAGGAGGUUGAGAAAGGGGAGACUAGUGAGGUCAAAGGUGACCCAGAGGUGGCGCCAGUGUAUGUCAGACAGCUGCUGCCAGUGUUUACUGAUGUUUUUCAUGUCACAAUGCUGUCAUCUGUCAGGAAGGCCAGCCUCUCUUUGAUCAGAAAAAUGUUGCAUUACAUUGACCCAGAACUUCUGUCAGAAAUGACUGGACCAGAGUUUCCUUCGCCCAAUUUUGCGGCUUCUUUGACAGAGGUGUUGUCAAUAGUACUAGAUGCAGAGGAGGAUGACGAUGGCCAUAUGAUAGUGCUACAGAUCAUGCAAGAUCUUAUUUUGAAAUGCCAGGAUGUUUUCCUGGAACACUUUGCCCGCCUUGGGCUCUUCUCGCGGGUGCUGGCUCUGGCUGGGCCUGCUCCACAGGAAGAGGAGGGAAUUAAGGCUAAAGAAGAAAAAGAGGAGGAGGAAGUGAACUUGUCAGAUGCCACAGAGAUUGUGGCUGGGCGACCGUAUCACUGGAAGGACUGGUACAUAGUCCGAGGCAGAGACUGUCUCUACCUCUGGAGCGAGGGAACUGCUCUGGAACUAAGCAAUGGCAGCAAUGGCUGGUUCAGGUUUAUAUUGGACGGCAAGUUGGCGACCAUGUACUCCAGUGGCAGUCCCGAAGGUGGAUCAGACAGCUCGGAAAAUAGAGGAGAAUUUUUAGACAAACUACAAAGAGCCCGCAGUCAGAUUAAAAUUGGCACCCCAAGUCAGCCCAUUCUGUCUAAAGCUGGCCCUGCCAGACUUGUAGUUGGCAACUGGACAUUGACCUGUAAGAAAGAUGGAGAGCUUCAAAUCCAGAAUACAGAUGGACAGCAGGCAACUAUUUUGAGAGAAGAUCUAAUGGGUUUUGUUUUUGAGUCCAACCGAGGCACUAAGCAUUCUUUCACUGCAGAGACAACCCUAGGACAAGAGUUUGCCGUGGGCUGGUCUGGCAAGAAGAGCCGCAAGCUAAAAUCCAAGAAUGCCAUGAAGGACAAGGUUCGCACAACUGCUAGAGAACUGUACGAGGAAUAUUUCAAAGCGGCUGAAGCAAAACCCAGAGGGGUUGUCUCAAAAUUGUGUGCCAUAGUCCAGCAGCUUGAGUCUGCCUUUGCUCGUCAACUCAGUCAAAUCAAGCCUUCAAGUGAUGGCGUUUCUUGGUGCCAGGAAAUGUGCAGCGCCUUGGAAGAGCUUGUCAUACUGCUGAAAGAUGAACACACUAUAUCUUCCUUUGAACUCUACAACAGUGGACUUGUACAGACCCUCCUCAGCAUCCUCAGUACAUCACUAGAUGAACCUUCCCCUAAAGAAGCCAAGAAGCAAAUGAGAAGCAGAAUUCAUAUUUUCAAAAGUGUUUUCCACGAUCAUGAGCGAGAAAACCUAACAGAAGAAGGGGGUGUAACCCCAGCUGUUCAGUUGACCAGGAAGCUAGUCUCAGCCUUAGAAGCUAUUGAGAAACUGCCAGUGUAUGCCUAUGACUUGCCUGGGUCAGGCUAUGGUUUACAGAUUUUGACCAGAAGACUUCGUCUGAGGCUAGAGAAAGCUCCUGGUGAGAAUACUUUGAUUGACAGAACUGACAGAUGUCUGAAGAUGGAGCCUCUGACAACUGUAGCAGACCUGGAGAGAUAUUUGCUGAAAAUGGUUGCUAAACAGUGGUAUGAUUUUGAUCGCUCCACAUUCAGUUUUGUCAAGAAACUCAAAGAGCCUGGAGUGUCUCUCACUUUCACCCACCAGAAUGACUUUGAUGAAAAUGGUUUGCUCUAUUGGAUUGGUACCAAUGGGAAAACAUCCUACGAGUGGGUGAAUCCAGGACAGUAUGGCCUUGUAGUUGUCACUUCAUCAGAGGGACGUAGCUUGCCUUAUGGGAAGCUGGAAGACAUACUCAGCAGAGACAGUGCCGCUCUAAACUGUCAUACCAAUGAUGACAAGAAAGCUUGGUUUGCAAUAGAUCUUGGUGUCUGGAUCAUUCCAACUUGUUACACUCUCAGACAUGCCAGAGGGUAUGGAAAGUCAGCACUUCGUAACUGGGAGUUCCAAAUGUCUAAAGAUGGCAUCACUUGGGUGACACUGUACAAACAUGAAGGGGAUACAUCUUUGAAUGAACCAGGAUCAACUGCUUCCUGGCCCAUUGACCUUCAUGGAGAGAACCAUCAAGAAUGGAGGCAUGUCAGAUUACAUCAGACUGGGAAAAAUGCCAGUGGGCAAACUCAUUAUGUCUCACUGUCUGGAUUUGAAAUCUAUGGAACAGUUACUGGUGUCUGUGAUGAUAUUGGUAAAGCAGCUAGAGAAGCUGAGGCCAACUUGCGUCGCCAGAGGAGAGUUCUUCGUACACAUGUUCUCAAACAAAUGAUGCCUGGAGCACGUGUGGUGAGAGGGAUGGAUUGGAAAUGGCGAGAUCAAGAUGGCAACCCACCAGGAGAGGGAACUGUGACUGGGGAACUACAUAACGGCUGGGUUGAUGUGACCUGGGACGCUGGUGGAUCAAACUCCUAUCGUAUGGGUGCAGAAGGCAAAUUUGAUUUAGCUUUGGGUCCAUCUCAUGAUCCAGAUAAACUGAGGUUUGCCAAACCUGAAGUGGUCUCGACACCAACAACUAGCAGAAACAAGAACAGUUUCCUGUCAGGAACAUCAGACAAAGUGAAGGUUGGUGUGCUGACAAGUCGAAAGAGCAGCUCUACUCCAAGCUUGAGUGAUGUGAUGGAUUCUAAAGUGUCUGUUGCCAGUACUGAACAAGCCUCUUCAGCUGAGAACCUAUCUUCAAGUAUCAAAACUGCUGCUGAAAAUGUGGCUGAGAGUAUGGUCAACUUGGCCAGUUCCGAAGCUAUUGUGAUGGUAACAGUGGACAAUGCUGACGAAGAGGCUAGCACGCCCUGUGGCACAAGUCAUGCCAUAAGUGGAGGUGCUGGCCCCAGCACUAUGGGUCUGAGUAGGGCUGGCCCCAGUGGCAUGUCGGCCACUAUUAACAGUAACAUGACCAGUGUGGAACCUAUGGUUGUGGUACACAGAGGCAACGAUGACAGUCUUGGAGACUACGGAGUCUUGGACUUGGCUUCUGACCUCGCUCUAGGGCUGGAUGUUGGCUCUUUGUCAGAAACACUUAGAGGAGCAGAAGGAGGUGUGAAAGAACAUGUUCAGAAUCUACAGAACGCCAGAGAUUCUCGGGAUAAGGCUGCCAAGAGUGAGGCCAGGAAAGUGUCCGGCACGGAUGACACGACUCGUGGCUCCCCAACCAACUCUAUGAGUGCCAGUGAACCCAAUCUUCCAACAAGUCUGGAUCCCACAGCCAGUUUACUGGACUCCUUUGCCGCCCGCAGGAACAUGAGCACACCUCAUGGCAGUAACAUUGUGCGAAAUAGUCAUGCCAAUAGUCUAGUACGACUGGCACUAGCUAACUCUCCAAAUAACCUUUUAAGUGCUGCCCAAAGCUACCCUAGUCUGACUGCCUCUAAUGUGCCCACCUCAAGCACACUGACAGCCACCCAGACCAUGGCUAAUGUCAUGUCUCUAAGCCAGCAUUUAAAAAUGACCCUGCAGGCAUUGACCCGCAGUGUAACGUCCACCUCUAGUGAGAGUGACAAUGAGUUUCUGGAGACCUAUAGAGCCCAUACAUUACUGGCCGAGCUUGAAGACGACGAGGAGCUCCCGGAGCCAGACGACGACGACGAUGAAAAUGAAGACGAAAACGAGGAUGAUGAAGACUAUGAUGAUGUCAUGGAAGAUGAAGAAAUGGAACCAAGAGACAGAAGAACAUGGGAUGAUGAGUUUGUUCUCAAACGUCAGUUCUCUGCCCUUAUCCCAGCCUUUGACCCCAGGCCAGGACGUACUAAUGUCAACCAGACCCAAGACUUUGACAUCCCACCACCAGGAACAGAAGAAAAAGUUGCCAGUGACAGUCAGACGUUUGUCUCACAACCUAAACUUUGUUUGACCCUAAAGGCACCGUGUUUACCUGGGAUGAAUGAUGAAGAAGUUGUUCUUACUAGCAGCUCAGCUUGUAUAUUCAAGUUUGUUCAGGAGUUACUCUCCCGUGGCUCACAGACUGGCAGAAUUGAACGCAUGAAGAGGAUAUGGGAGCCCACAUACACAGUUCAGUACAGAGAGGCCAAAGAAGAUGAAGGAUCUGAGAAAGAAUGUGGUUCUAUUACCAAGUCUCUGACUGGUGUAGCCUCAUUAGCUGACUUUGACUUAGCUAGAGGUUCUGAGAUGUCAAGCUGUUCAGUGGACCAUGUCCUCCAUUUGUUACAGAGACUAUAUUCUAUCAUGGAACAGUCCAACCCAUCCACUAAGAAUGACUGUGAAGAAAUUCAUCUGAACAUUCCAGCUGAUGAAUUUGUCAGCAAGAAAAUAACAAACAAAGUCACGCAGCAAAUUCAGGAUCCACUGGUCUUAGCUAGCGGAGCCUUGCCUGAAUGGUGUGAACAUCUGACUCGGUGGUGCCCAAUGUUAUUCCCAUUUGAGACUCGUCAGUUGUAUUUUACUUGUACUGCCUUUGGGACAUCUAGGUCAAUAGUCUGGCUACAAAACAAAAGAGAUGCUAAUGUCGAACGUAGCCGAGGACCUCUCCCGCGCCGUGAGGACAGCCAUGAGUACAGAGUUGGGCGCUUGAAGCAUGAAAGAGUUGUGGUUCCUCGCAAUGAGAAUCUGUUGGAUUGGGCCAUGCAGGUGAUGAAACAUCAUGCCGCACGUAAAGCUGUCCUGGAGAUUGAGUUUAAGGGUGAAGAAGGUACAGGCCUUGGACCAACCCUUGAGUUUUAUGCUCUUGUGGCUGCAGAGCUGCAGAAGAAAUCUCAUGGUCUUUGGUUAUGUGAUGAUGACCAUGUAGACCAUAUUGAAAGAGAGGUUGACAUAGGUCAUGGCUCUAAACCUCCUGGCUACUACGUCCAAAGAUCUGCUGGACUUUUCCCCGCACCCAUCCCUCAGGACAGCCCAGAGCUAGAGCGAUUGGAAAAACUGUUUCACUUUAUGGGCAUUCUGUUGGCCAAAUGUCUUCAAGAUGGCCGCCUGAUAGACAUGCCGCUGUCGCGUCCAUUCCUCAAACUGAUGUGUAUGGGGGAGGUGGGUCACAGUUUGUCUCAGCAGUUUGGUGACACCACUCGCACUCCCAGCACCUUGGGAGAAUCCUGGCACAGUGAGAGUUCAGAUCUUAUUGCCAGUAUCGAGGAAGUGGAGAAGGAAAUGAAGUUUGACAGUGACAGACGCCAUCAGUUCAAGUCCGCACAGCCUUGGUAUGCUGGGAUACUGACAGAGGAAGACUUUGAGCUGGUGAAUCCUCACAGGGCAGUGUUCUUACAACAACUCCGUGACCUUGCUGCCAGGAAGCAGAGGAUCCUUAAAGAUCGCUCCCUGUCAGAUGAUCAAAAGAAUGUCCAGUUGGCGGAACUAGCCCUGUCCAAUCCUGGGGAUUCAAGUUUAAUAAGACUGGAAGAUUUAGGGCUGACCUUUGAAUUUGACCCGUCAUCCCGUGUGCACAAGUUCCAUGCCCAUCACCUGAAGCCUGGCGGAGGCCUGGAGGAAGUCAAUAUGGACAAUGUCGAGGAGUACAUAGAUCUGGUGAUGGACUUUUGUUUUGUGUCUGGCAUUAGGAGACAGAUGGAAGCUUUUAGAGUUGGGUUUAACUAUGUCUUCCCAAUGGCCAAACUUCAUUCCUUUAGUCCAAUGGAGUUAGGAAGUAUAUUGUGUGGAGACCAGGCACCAAACUGGACCCAAGAAGACAUUCUCAACUACACAGAACCAAAGCUUGGUUACACUAGAGAGAGUCCUGGCUUUGUAAGAUUUGUCAAUGUCCUGACUCAGUUGUCUCCAGAUGAACGUAAAGCUUUCUUACAAUUUACUACUGGAUGCUCAUCAUUACCACCUGGAGGCCUGGCCAAUUUACAUCCAAGACUAACUGUGGUCAGAAAGGUCGAUGGUAGUGAUGGCAGUUUCCCAUCAGUGAAUACCUGUGUCCAUUACUUAAAGUUGCCAGAAUACUCAUCAGAAGAAAUUCUUCGUGACCGCCUGCUUGCUGCCACCAGAGAGAAAGGUUUUCAUCUGAAUUAACUCAUUAAUUAUCUGUGUGAUUGUAUACAAUUUCUUUUUUAAAUCUCUUAUUUUCUUACAGGGAAAAGUUUGCUUGGUUUUUUUCUUUUUCCUUUGUGUUUUAUUUUGUCAACACAAGACAAAAAGUGCUGGAAUAACUUUCUGGAUUUUAUUCCCUAGCAAUUUGAUAAUAUUGUACAUUUUGCUCAUUCAAUGUGAUUGGUUGUUGGCCGCACUGACGUCCACCUCCUACGAUAGUCUUUAGUGUGAUAAUGCAUCCUGGGAUAUUCUGUCAGAAGCUGGGCGUUAACUUGAACCUUCGGGGGUGUAAAACAGCUGGUGCAGAAUUUUGAUAGAACUUACCAUGGUGGUGUGACUCAGUAAAUGACCAGUGAACAGUUAGUCGUGUAGUGUAUAGGAGAAUGGACAGGAUGCCUGGCGUCCUGGUCAGCAUGUUUUUUUUUUACUUUUUAGGUUUUGAAGACUGUGAUUUUUGUGAGCUGCAUGUCUACGCCAUAGGGUUGAGAUCCUGUGACCUCUGACCUCAACUUGUUACAUAACUAGUGCAGCAGGGUUAUUUAUGGCUGAGUGCGUACGUGGGUGUAGAGUGCUUGCCUCCGUUGCUUUUAUGAUGAGUACUUGCCGCUGUAUAAACAAAUAAAAAAUCCCUCAUUUUUUUUGUUCUAAAGUAUUAUUGGACAUUUCCUUUGUUUGCUGAGAGCUGGCAGAACUUGUGAAGACGGUUUGGUUGAAGUGAAAGACGAGAAAAAAAAAUGCGCGUAAAUGUUUUUGUGUGUGUGUGUAUAUUUGUGUAGUAGUGAAAUGGAUAGGAUGCUGGGAAUAAGUGGAAUGAACUCUAUUAGAGCUAUUUGACAUGUACCAAUUGUUGUGUUAAUGACCUCUCUGUGUGCUCCUCCAUGUCUAGCUGGUUAUGAAGCUUUGUGUUGUCUCUUAUCAGACUUGUAAUAUUAUUAUAAACACCUUGUGGUGUGAUCAGUUUCUGUUGUGACAGGACACUGAUUAUGAAACAAAAUGUUUUAGCGACAUCCAUAGAGGGUGACAUCCUUAGAGGUGACAAUUUUCAUCGCAACUUUUUUUUUUUUUUUUUUACUAUUCAUAUUUUUU